AUGCCUUAUGGGCCAACUAAAUUUUGCAUGUUAUCGCCUCCAACAUCGGAUGGGGCGCUGUUCUGGACAAACAGACCAUGUCAGGUUCAUGGACACCUUACCAGCGGCCUUGGCAAUGAAAAAGAGAUGUUUGCCGUACUGUCUGUAAUGAGACAGAACGUAAAGAAGCUCAGAGACUCUCAUGUGCUCUUACAAACAAACAACAAAACUGUUAUGGCAUACAGUCGCAAAGAAGGAGGAACGCAUUCCAUAGGACUCCCAUCUCUAACCUUUCAACUUCUGAAGAUCAUAGACAAGUGGAACAUAACACUUUCAGCCCAAUAUCUACCCGGCAGAUACAAUGCGAUAGUGGACAGACUGUCGCGGAGACUUCCUGUACCAGAAUGGCAUUUAAAACCUCAAGCCACAUCAGAGGUGUUCAGGCAAUGGGGCAAACCAGACAUAGACCUCUUUGCAUCAGAAAGAUCCGCUAUACUACCAAACUAUGUAACAAUUGAUUCACGAGACUCUUCCGCAAUGUUCAUAGACGCUUUUCAAGAGGAAUUAGAUGGAUAUUCCCCCCAUCAAACUUUAUUCCGCGUGUGCUCUCACACCUCAACAAGUCAAGGGUAG